GCCUUUAUUAUCGAUGAUAUCGAUAUUUGAAUAGACCCCUUCUUCCGCUCAUAGUAUGAGUAAAUGCUGUUUCUUCGUGUUAUUUUAUAAUAAAUCGGUGUAAUAUGUUGUGUUUAUUAGAUAAGUGAAGGUUACGUAAACGUCAGCCGUUGUUGCCGGUGUACCCUAAUGCUAGCCGUGUCCAGGGUGGUGGCUAAAAUGCAGCUGCGACACAGCAGCGAAUGACUUCAUUUCCCAUCGGUCACCGCGACAAAGCGAAACGAACCACCGAAUAACGGAGAAGAGUCCUGUGGAAAGAGAAAACAACAGGCGAGUGCGGAUGUGUAGCCAAACAUUCGGAAACAUUCUGUUCCACAUAAGUGAAAGUAGACUUAUGAGCAGGGCGACUGUUGGCGUAUAAAAGUUCGGACUUCACGUCGACUUCAGUGUCAGUGCAAAGACUUGACGAUGUCUUACACGGUGGUUUUCUUUGAUCUGGAGACAACUGGAUUGGACACCCAGGUGUGUGACAUCAUCCAGAUAUCAGCCGUUUGUGGCGAGAGAGACUUCAACGCCUACACCGUUCCCCGCCGCGCCAUCACCAAGGAGGCCAGCAGGAUCACAGGGUUUUCCGUGGUGGAUGGCGCUCUGUUCCUCCGUGGGGAAUUCGUGCGCACCGUCCCACUCCGCAACGCUCUCACCUCUCUUAUCGACUUUCUGCGCUCCUUCUCUGGGACUGUGUACCUGGCGGCCCACAACGCUGAUCGCUUUGAUGCCCCUGUGAUCAACAGGGUGCUGCGGGAGUUCUCCCUUCUGGAGGAGUUCCAGAAGGUGGUCUCCAAUUUUCUGGACACCUUCCUGCUGAGCAAGAGGCUCUUCCCGAGAUUUUACAGCUACUCCCAGAAGUACCUGGUGGAGCGCUUCCUGGAGAAGACCUACAACGCCCACAAUGCCCUGGAAGAUGCCAAAAUGCUGCAGGAGCUCUUUCACAAAUGGCAGCCAGGCAGGAAUGCGGUGUGGAAGUCCUUGAUAUAGACAAAAAGACAGGAAGCCAUAUCGCUGACCUGUGAAACAUUUUAAUCACUUCUAUUAUCAGAUUUAUUGCAGUAUGGAAAGUCACUUUCAUAUCCAUCAUGGUAUUUUAAUAACCACUUCUAACACCUUUUCUACUCAUAUGUUUUGUUACCUCCACCAAGGAGCCAAUGUUUUUAAUCGAGAGUGCUGCUGUGGUAGAGAAGCCACUACAUUUUGGUGCAGACUUGGGUAAUAAAAAAGAAAAACAAACAAACUUGUGUCUGUGACCUAAUGUGAUGCUGAAAUUCUAAAAAUAUAUAUAUAUGUACACCUCAACUUUGCUAAAAUAAUUGUCAAUUUUUUUAACAUAUGUACACAAAUAAUAUCAUGCAGUCAUUAUCACAACAAACUUUCUUUCUACCAGCAGUCCA